AUGUCGCUGAGAACUUUCAGAAACGGUAUCGCUGGCUGCGUUGACGAGAACUCCAUUGUUGGCUUUGCCGUGGAGCCUGGAGAGCGCAAGGAGCGGUCAGGUUUGCCAUCUUUAGCUUCUUCUUUAGACACUCUUCUGGAACUGCGGGCUGGGGCAAAGGGAUCGGAAUAUCCGAGGCCAGAUGACGACCAAUCCUCUGCCGAUGCUUCGGCCUGUGGUGAGGAAGAGGACGAGUCCGUGGUGUCACCUGGGCAAGCCCUUCUUGCCAAGCUGAAGGCGGAGGUACAGGUCACCUUGGAAGAAAAAUUGUUUCCGAAAGUCGACGAAAAAUAUCGCUGCCCAUUGUGUCCUUUUCGGGCCUUUGCAAAACUGACUAGAGUUUCGCAGCACAUUGCCAAGUACCACACGGUGAAGGUGCAGUUCUGCCCUAGCGGCACGAAGCAAGUCAAGUUAUUGUUGGCGCUAUAUGACGAAGAUUGCAUGCGUGGGAAGGAUGGCCAAAACUAUCUCCAGCGCAGUUCUGACACUCUGCGGCAAACUGUUGCGCCGUCCCUUCUGUCAUCCCGAACAGAUAUUGACAAAUUCAUUCGCAUCGUCUUCACGGCGGCCGGCCCUGUCUAUCGAAACUUGGACGCCUUGACCGACGGUGAGCCUUUGCGCCGUGUCAGGAAUAUUUACUACACACGCUGCUUCGCGCACUUGGUCGUUCGUGAGAUGCUCUUGUGCAACGCAAAGGCAACCUGGCUAAAAGCCAUGAUUCCACGAGUUACGCAGGAAGCGGUCGCCAGGAAUUGUCUGACCACUAGCCUGCUUCCUUCCAACGUGAAGGACUGGUGGCCGAUCGUGGAAGAUAUCUUCACUUCCCCUAGGCUGAGCGAUCGCAAAGAUUCCUUGCUGCAAGAAGCAGUGCAACAUGAAGAGUUCGUGGCGAUCUCAAUCGAUGCCACAAUGCGAUGCUCACAGGUUUUGACUGUCCGCGGCAGAACCAAUGCAGUUCUACUGCUUCACGCCGUGCCCAGCGAAGCUGCUGAGGUUAUUGUCACUGCGCUGGCAGAGCUGCCAGCCCAUGCUCUGGCGCAAAUUCAGUUCAUUGCGAGCGACAGCCCUUCAAGUGCACUGGCCCGGCAGCUGCGACGAGUCUGCCCCAACCUUGUGAUGCUCAGCCUAGAUCCCGUGCACUUGGCCUUUGCAUGGGAGUACUCAACUUGGAAAAAACGCACACCUGGCAGCAAAGCGCUCCGAGCAGUCCUCAGCAAGCUCAGUGUGCGGGAUCCACAGGCAACAGCUGAGCAUUGGGGCUGCGUGUAUGAAGGUACGGCGCCACCCGAGCUGACACCCAGAGAGCAGGCUCAACGUGACCGCAUCAAGGACGGCGGCAUGCCACUGCGGGCAGCCAAGCAAACCCUUCACACUAUGGAUUACAGUGUGCCUUUUUAUGACAGGAUGGAAAUUGUCAAGGCAUUCGCAGCUCUUUCGGCACUCUAUCCAGAGGAGGUGGCAAAGGCUGCCCUCGGUGCGAAUGCCGGCAGCCAGGCAGAUGAUGGAGUGCUCUCAGGGCUGGUGAACCUCGCGGUGCUGAAGGCCUUGGAGCUUCGAGGCGGGGCUUGA